AUGAAGGUUAGUCUAGAAAGUAGUUCGCACUAUGAUUCGGAUGUGUUCGGGACAGAUUUGAUCGCGUACUGCCAUUUCGGCUCACGCUGUCGAAUGCAAAUAUUGAUACACAUUCCACAGCCACACGCUUAUGUGCCUGUUCCCUAUACCCCUGGCUUAGGGAUCCCGAUGGGUGCAGAUCGUCAGUGGGCAUGGGCAGAAGGCUAG